CCGCCCCGGAAGGUAAUUAUCUCAGGCGAGGUUACGGGCGGGGGAUUCUACGGGUGCCGGGAGGGGCCGAGUGCACAUCCUCUGAUCACCGCGAGGUGCGGCUGUGCCUGAAGCAGUAGCACCCGGUCUUCUGAGAUUGCUGCCUCGGAUUCGUGCUUUCUUCUCUCGUCCCCCUCCCCAAAGGAGUACCCUCCCCUUCACCCCACACCUUGGACGUGAACUUCCUGCCUGAGGACUAUAAAGACUAAGUAGUUUGAAAAUGGAAAACCAAGAACCAGCGGAUCCUUCUCAAAAUACCAAACAGUCUAUUAUUUCAGAGGAGUUAAUUUCCGAAGGAAAAUGGGUCAAGCUUGAAAAAACAACGUACAUGGAUCCUACUGGGAAAAUAAGAACUUGGGAAACUGUGAAACGUACAACCAGGAAAGGACAGUCGGCUGAUGGCGUGGCGGUCAUCCCGGUGCUGCAGCGGACUCUUCAUUACGAGUGCAUCGUUCUGGUGAAGCAGUUCCGGCCACCGAUGGGAGGCUACUGCCUAGAAUUCCCUGCAGGGCUCAUCGAUGAUAAUGAGAGCCCAGAAGCAGCCGCUCUUCGGGAGCUUGAGGAAGAAACUGGCUACAAGGGCGAUGUUGCCGAGUGUUCUCCAGCUGUAUGUAUGGAUCCAGGUUUGACAAACUGUACCACACACAUCGUGACAGUGACUAUUAAUGGGGACGAUGCUGAAAACGUGAGGCCUAAGCCAAAGCCAGAAUUUGUCGAAGUAAUUUCCUUACCAAAGAAUGACCUGCUGAAGAGACUUGAUGCUCUGGUAGCUGAAGAACAUCUGACCGUGGACGCCAGGGUCUAUUCCUACGCUCUGGCACUGAAACAUGCAAACACGAAGCCGUUUGAAGUGCCUUUCCUGAAGUUUUAAGGCCAAAGGACAGUAGCCAUGUUUUUAUAAAUAAGACCACCAGGCCUCCUUCACUAAGACUUUGUAUUCAGCUUAGCUUACUGUAGACUUGAAAUUAGUUUUCAUUAAAUAAAAGCAACACAGAAUA